AUGGUUUCCUGGAGCGAUUCUGGCAGCUCGUCCGACGCUGAGUUAGUCAGCAGCAAAGCGCAGCUACCUGCCACCAUCUUGUGCUUGGAAUGGAGCGGCCUAGCCACAGAUUUGAGUUCUAGAUGUGAGCAUGCAUGUGUGUGUGAGAAGCUGGUGGCAUUUGAUUCAGUGGAUAGUGGGAGGAGAUUCCUAGCUUGUGCACAGAAGUCAAAUGCAUAUAUUACUGUGGUGUUGACAUUUAGAUUCAGUGUUUAUGUUGCUGUUUAUGCUUCUUUGACAAAUUUUGCUCAAAAGAUACCUAAAUGCAGCUAUCUGGAGUGGGUUGACCCUGAGUGGCCUGCCCCUUUGAAAAUGAGCCUAGCUAGGAUCUGGGGCAUGUAUGAAGAUGAGAACAAGCUUAGGCUCCAAGACAAUGUAGUUCAUGCUGAAGAAAAUCUUAGGGUUGUGAGAGAGAAGGAAAAGAUGGAAAAAGACUUGAGGUUUUUUAAGGUUAAUUUUGCUCAAAUGGUGGCUGAGAAGGAGCAAGCUCUGGCCCAACUAGGCAACACACAACUUGCUCUGGCUGACAUGAAGGAAGAUCUUGAUAAGAAGAAGAUGUCUGACAAAUCAUUCACAAACAUUCAUCAAGUUGUGAGGGCCAAGGCAGAGAAAGAGAGGGACCUCAUGAAGCAGGAGAGGGACAACAUCAUGGAAGAGAGGGACAGUCUAGUGCAAGAGAGGGACAACCUGGUGCUGGAGAGGAAUGUGCUAAAGCAAGAGAAGAAGAAGUUAGAGUACAUGAUUGGUGAUCUUUUCAAACAUAAGGAAGACACCAAGGGCAAGAUAAGGAACCUGAAAGAGAUGCUCGAAGAAUUAGAGUGA